GAAACCCCAAGAAAUAAGGUCCAAUUCAAUUGCGAUGUCCUCUCUCAACGUGCAUGACUGGAGACCUGGGUACUGAUAUUCCUUGUUCCUAUUUUUUUUUUCUCUGAAAAAACACACAAAAAAAAAAGAGAACUCUUUCAUUUUCUUUAGUGGGUUGUGAUAUUUGGGUGUUCUUGCUCCAUUUGCUGCUCGUAAAGAAGAAAUGGAAGAGAAUUGCGAGGAUCGCAUGGAGUGGGAAGAGGAAAUGUAUUGGACCCAUUUCAAGUUCAUCCAUUUCUCUCAGUUUCUCCUUCCCGGGUUUCAUCAUCGCCUCGCAUUACCUCGAAAGUUUUCUAUACACUGCAAAAAGAAGCUUCCUGAGACUGUGAAGCUCAAAAGUCCAAGUGGUGUGGCAUACAAUGUUGGACUUCAAGCCGAGAACGGUACCCUGUCUUUUCGCCAUGGUUGGGAUGAGUUUGUGAAAGAUCAUUCGUUAGAGAAGAAUGAUCUAUUGGUCUUCAAGUUCGAUGGAUCAUCCCACUUCGAUGUGCUAAUAUUUGAUGGUGAGAGCUUCUGUGAGAAGGCGAGCUCUUAUUUUGUAAGAAAACGUGGGCAGAUAGAAGGCAUGACUGGAGACCGUGGAAAGAGAAAAGCUGCAGAUUUUUCCAACGUUUCUUCGAGAUCUGAUGUUGAAAAAUCGCCAACUGAGGAGCCUUUGGUAUCUCCAACUUGUAAUGAGCACGGACAGCACAUCAGCUCGGAUGUUCAGGAAACACCAAUUGAGCCAUUUGUAAUAUCUCCUCCUGGUAAUGAGCGUGAACAAGGCAUUGCCUUUGUUUCCGAUUCAAGAACGCUUCAGAACCCCGUAAUUUCUCCAUCUGGUGAUGGGAGAGUCAAAGAAGGGAAAUACACCAUUAGUGCCUUUCAGGGAAUGCAGAGAGAUGGGAGUAAUAUCGAGAACUCGGACCAUAUGGAUAUUAAACCUGAUAUCAGAACGGUUUCUGGUUGUACUGAAAGGAGAAGCAGCAGCGUGAAGGUUUUCCCAGAGAGAAGAGCCAUAACCGAGACUGAGAAAAGGAAUGCCUUAUCUCUGGCCCAGGCCGCCACUUCGCAGGAUGGAUUUUUGGUGGUUAUGAAACGCACACACGUGACAUUGAAGUAUUUCCUCAGCAUCCCGAACAAGUGGUUACAGAAGUUCAUGUUUAUAGAAAAUCAAGAGGUGGUGCUGAGAGUGGACCAAAGAACGUGGAACACGGCGUUUCACUAUUUCAGGAAUAAAUGUUAUGGCGGGCUUUCGAGCGGGUGGCGGAAAUUUGUCCACGAUAAUGGCAUAUAUGAAUGCGAUAUCUGUGUGUUUGAGCCAACCAGCUCGGUGUCCAAGCCUCUUCUUCUCGAUGUCUAUAUUUUCCGCGCUUCAGGAGUCGACAUAAAAGCUAUUGCUGACCCGUUUACGACGGCCUGAGGGCCAAGACAAUGGAAUCCACCGUGGAGGAGAAAACAGAGGAUGAAAAAAUCUCGGUUCUCGAAUUUUGGAAACCCGGUUUAGCUGUGAUAUAUAGUUGUAUUGAGAAAGUCUUGGUGGAUUCUAUUCUGCCAGUGUAGGUUUUUUGGGAACGUUAGGGAACUGCUUCUUGGUAAGCUUUCUGUACAUUCCAAGUGUAUGCAGCGCAAGUAGUGCUUUGUAUACCUGGAAGUUUACAAUAGGUUCAGUUCGGUUAUUGUAUAUACCGGAAAUCCGAUAACCCGGUUUAGAAUGUACCUGAAAACUUGUUAUGUUGAAGGUUAUACACUGCUAAAGCUAACUCUUUCUGGUA